AUGGACUCCGACAGUCCCAUUGUCAGCAGGGUGGAGAGGACUUUCUGGACAGUUUGGGUGAGCAUCAUCCAAAACUCAGGAAGGCCUGUGUGAUGAGGUUGAUUGUAAUGUCUUUCAUCCUCUCUGCUUCUACAUCUCUCUCACACAUAUGACCCCUUUCCCCCCCAUUGUUUGUGUUCCUGGCUUACACUCACUGUGCACUUUAAAGUCUGUCUAAAGUCUGACUAUAGUGCUGUGAGAACAAUAAUAAUAAACCUAAACAUCAAUUGUAAUGUUAAAAAUUUCCAAAAAGUUUAGGGAAAUUUGAAGUGGGCUAUUUUUGUGAUAGGGGAAAGUGGGGUAAAUUGAGCCACCCCCUGUUGCUUGGAAAUGGUAAAAGAAAUUGAUCAUGUGACCAAAUAUUUAGGAGAUGGGCAUCAAUUAAUGGAGUCUGUGAAGGUUUGAAGCACAUGGGUGAAGGGGUUAGACAUUUAAAUUUGUUUUAUACAUCAAUUGUUGUAUCUAUGAGCCACAACAUGAGGUCAAAAUCCUUGCAUAAAAGGCCACCAUUUUAACUUAGAGGACUAAUAAAGUCAUCAUAGUAGUUCUGGGGUAAGUUGACCAUAGGAGACCACUUUUUUUGGCAUGCUAUAUUAUCAAGACAGUUAUGUUUACACUCAUUCUGUUGGUUUGCAGGGAUGCGCAACAUCUUGAAAUAUAUGCAGAUACACUAGUUAGAGACAAAACUAUGAUUGCAUUGAUGUAGUGAUCUGAAAUAUGAAAAAUGGCUAAUCUUACCCAACUCUCUCCUAUGGUAUUUUAUCAGACAGGCUAUUAAGUCCUUUAGUAUUUUGUUAAAAACACUUGUGGAGUUUCACUAUUUUAAUAUACUGGUUUGUAAACUUUCCUGUGAACGUAUAGCACAUUUUCCAUGUUAAUCUGCUGCGCACUGACCUAGUGGAAACUUUUAGAUGCAAAAAAUUCGACAGAUCUUACACAUCAUUAUUACACAACACUGAAAAUAUGGAGGCUGUGCUCAUUCAUGUUAUCACACUGAUAGGAGUUUUAUUUGUGUAUCUAUGCAGUUUUUCACACCAACAUGCAACCGCAACUGGUGCACAUAGCAUUUUAAUUCAAGUUGCAGCAGGUAGCAUUUUUUUUAAAGAGAGAAAACACUCUGAUAAGACUAGUUAACAAGACUAUAGCCCAAAGGAACUUCUAUUGCUCUUUUUCUUUAUUUAGAUGUUAUGUCACCAAGUUUGAAAUCAGGAAACCAGGUAGACAGCGCUCAUCUGCCCUCCUACAAACAGCAAAUGUGUGGAGCUGGAGAAAAACAAAAUGAAAUGAGUGAAACACAUUUUCAUUGGGUUUCAAAUAUAACUGCAAGCAAAUGCUGCUCUUCCGUGGCUUUAAUUAGUAUGGUCAAGAGGAAACCACUUUUGUGUUCACAGAGAUGACAGACCUCAGAGAGCAAAGUAACCAGAUAGUGCAGGUUUAGGUUGAAGUAGAACUGAUGUUACUGGGUCUGCUGUGAACAAGGCCAGAGACCAUUGUUGGAAACUGGGAUCAGGACCAUAAUAAGAAUAAGAAGAACUUUAUUGAUCCCCAAAGGGAAAUUCAAUUGUCUUUCGUCUCAUUUGUCAUUUUUCUCAACAUCAUCUACUAUUUACACAAGAGCUAUAAAACCUGAUGGCUGUUGGUACAAAAGUUCUUCUGAAUCUUUCUGUCCUGCAGCGAAGAGAGAGGAGCCGUCCACCACCAUUGGCCCUUUGGUCCAUUAAGGUGUUAUGAAGUGGGUGAUCCAUGUUCUUUAGAACAGACUCCACCUUACUCAGUGUAGAUCUCUCCACCACAUCCUCCACUGAGUCCAGCUUGUGUCCAACCAAAGAGCCAGCCUUUUUCACCUGUUUGUUCAGAUGUCUUGCAUCUUUAUGUUUGAUGCUUCCUCCCCAGCAGACUGCAGUGUAAAACAGAACACUUGUAAGACAAAUAAACCUCAAAUCAUUGAUGGGAAUUGCAUCAUGAUACGUGUGAGCAUUAGUUUGUUGUAACUGGAUAAUCAUUGCUGCAAAAGCUGGAAGGACGUAAUGGUAUCGACAUCUGUUUGAUGUUGAAAAAUACCACUUCCCCAGAAACAAAUCACCACUUGAGACAAAAAAUUUGAGAAUAGAUGUGAACAGGGGUUUCCACAUAUUUUUGACCAUAUAGUUUAAAUAGCAGCCUGUGGUAUUUUUCUGUACAAAGACAAGAUACGUACAAGGUAUUUAUAAUAAGGAGAGAGAGUGACACAUCGAUCAACACAGAUCUGUAAAAUCAGCAUAAGACACCAAAGAACUGUAAGUUAGUUAUUAAGUCUCACCUCUCUUUCUCCAUCUCAUUCUCAGAACUACAUCACCGGAGCUGUGAAUAGAUUUCUUAGGCCAGACCCAGCACAAACCGUGAGCAACGACCCUGACUCCAUCCAGGAAUCUGCAGUUGACCAUGAGCCUGCAAAGUAUAGCCAUGCAGAGGAUGAAGCAAGUGACAGAGGAGCUGAAGGAGAACAGACUUUUAUGCCACCCUCUCUCCACGGCUUAUCUCGGUCAUCUGUUGCUUGGGAUGUUUGCACCACAGAAAUAGAUCUGGGGCCUGAUGAAGAAAACUCAUCAGAAGUAAAAGAAUCUGAAAGAGAUGAAGACAUAAGCGUGGAAGAUUCAGCCUUAGCAGGUCAUGAGCCAGGGUUGCUUGUUGCAGAAGAUGAAAACGCAAAGGAAGACGAAGAAGUGAAUCAGGAAUUGCGCACAAACAGACACACUGAGAUGCUCAAAACUGAUGAGAAUGGUGAAAACGUGAUCACCGGGCCUGUUACUGAAGACAUGGGUGGUACUGAGGAGGAAACCCUGAUGAAAAUCCAGGAUGAGGAAGAAGUACAUGAAAUUGAGAGGGACAACACUGAGAUCAAGUUGCACACAGUUUCAGAUCUGUGCCCUAAAGAGGAAGAGACAAAUACCCAGAGGAACAAGGCCGAUUCAUCAGAAGUACAAAACAUUAGUCAUGUAAUAUUUCUGUCCUCUGAUGACGAAAACAAGCCAGAUGAGGGAACAGUAAAAAAUGACUGUGAAGAGCUUUCGAACGAGAGGUUACAAAUGGUUUCAAACACAAGUAUCCCUGUGUAUGAAGAGCUGGUAGUGACAGAACUGGAGCAGGUGACAGCUCUUAGAAAUGAGAACGAUAAAUCUGAUGAUGAGGAAGAAAAGAAAGAUGGGAGUGAAGGAGAAGAGGGAGAACAGGAGGUUGAAAUUAAGGAAGAAAAAGUAAACAAGAUUGAAGAAAAACGGACAUUAGAUGACGUACCAGAGCAAAAGGAUGAGACUGAAACAGUUAGAGAAGAAGCUAAAGAAGAAGAAGAAGAAGAAAACUCUGAUGAUGACGAAAGAACGGGAUGCAGCAAUGAAGUGUUGCUAACUGUUGAAACUGAGCUGCUCACAGAGGGAAGGCAAAAGGAUGUGGUCGAGGAUACCAGUGUGAAAAUUAAAGUAACCGGGACAGAUGAUGUGGAAAUAGAAGGUUAUGAUGCAGCAAUCAGUGACGAGUCUGGUGUACAGUUGUCCAACAUUCCAGCAGAGGAGAGAUGUCUUGAUAAAGAUCAGGUCCAAGAAGGUAACAAAGAAACUUACAUGGAACAUGCCUCCUCAUUUACAGUAACACCCGAAGAAGACGCUGGACAGGAAGAAAGCCUGGAGUUUAAAAAUAUUCCAGAGAGUGUAUUUAAAGGCCGGUCUGAAGUGCCGUGGGAGCCCAUACCUCCAACAUGUGAGGAAACACAAGAGGGAGUUCCUGACAACAACAAUGAACCAGAGCCAGAUGAGAAUACAACACAAUGGUUCCUGGAAGUUAUGGACUCAGAGGAAGUCCAGACCACCCAAUUUCCAGAAGAGGUGGAGACCGAAGAGACCGAGAGCCUUCAAAACAGUGUCCGAAACACUGGAGCUGACUUAGUCGAAGUGAGAGAGCAGAAGGAACAAGAGAGUAGCGGAGAUAGUGAGAGUACCUUUGAUUUGUUCAGUGGAGACUUUUAUCAAGGAACAAGAACACCCCUUUCUGAACCAAUCGCAGAAGAAGCAGGACCUUUUUCUGUGGAAGAGGACAAAAAAUUAUCUGUAGCCCUAAUGAAGACAGGAAUCCAUCACUCAGAAAAGGAGCCAGAGUCAGACUUCAGCUUAAUAAGUGAGACAGAUCUGCAAGAUGAGACGGAGGAACUUUUGGAUAAAACAGAUGACGGAUUAUUUGAUCUCAAAGAAGCUGAUGCUGCUCAGGAUUGCUUUAUGAUGACUGAGACUGCGAAGAUAGACGAAACUGUAAAACUCCUGGAAGCUGGCGAGCAGAUGACAGAGACAUGCCUUCAGGAACCAGUAGAUACAGUUAUCUCUGAGCAAAACAAGACUUCUACUCUAAUAGGGGACUUUACCGAUACAGGAUUUCUUACACAGCAAGAUGCAAGGAAAGAUUCGGAAAAGGCAAGUUAUGGCGAUGUGCAGGAAGCAGCUGAAAGAGAAGUGGAAGUUUCAGAUCUGGAGGUCGCUGGAGAGGCAGAUGAAGUAAUGACAGAAGAAAAUGAAAUGGAAAAUUCUUUGAUUGCAGAACGGGUGUUGUCUGGAGCUACUGAAUCACCAGAGACAAAAAAUGCACAGUCAGACCUUGAAUCAGCUCAUGAUACAGAGACAACCCAGUCCAAACCAAAGGCUGUGACCAUGACAUCAACAGAAGAGAUACUGAGGCAUGUGACAGAGUCAGAGGAGAGCUAUGAUGAAGAAAGACUUUGCUCAGUGAACAGAGGUGAAGAUGUAAUUGAUGAGGAAAUCCUUGACAUGUGGAUGGAAACAUUGUCAGAGGACAACGAAAAACAACAAGAAGGGCCUGAAGUAGAUUCAUCUCGUGAGAAACAAACUGUGGAGCAGCUCGUCGAGUCAAAAUCAGGGGAGUCUGAAUUUGUGAGUGACACAGAGAUGUCCUUAUCGACUACAGAAUCUGGAUUCUCCGACCAGUCUCUCAGUGAAUGGGGCACACAAAGCAGUGACCCUCAGCUACAAAGAUCAACUGGCACUGGGCCAAUCAAAAGCAUAUUUGACACACUGGUGGAUGUGUCAGAAUUAGUAAAUAUCUCAGCUUUCACACCAGAACAACACAACUCUGAAUCUCCGGAUACAUCGACAAGGGGAACAUAUGAGAUAGACCAGUCCUCUCUGAAAGACAAGGAAUCAGAGACAGGAUUUCGCCCUGAUUCAGCAGAAGUUGGGUAUCUUCAAGAAUCUGAGGAGCCACAAGAACACACAGACGAGAAAAGUGGAUCAUGGGAAGAGAUAAAUGAUGAGGAAACAGGUCUAUUAGGUCAAACUGUGUUGAAAAACACUGAAGAAGCAGAUAUCAAUCCACUGACAGAAGUGGACACUUUGUUUGAAGUUGAGGAGACAAAAAUUGAGGCAGAGGCUCUUGAUAAAAAUUUGCCAGACCCACAUGAUGAAAACAAACAUGCUGAUUCAGUCCAAACAGUAAGUUCCUUAGAGGCUUGGUCAGAGGAGGGGAUUUUGUUCGAUGAAUCCGGCUCAGAAGAAGAAGAAGCAUCGAGAGGACCUGAAAGAAGCUCAUUGAAUUUGCCAUCACCAGACGAACUACAGACCGAGUGUGCCGAAGACAUUCAUGACUCAGUUUCUGAUCCAAAUGAGGAUGAAGAACCGGAGGACCAGCUAACAACAACAACCGAGUAUCAGACUGAGGUAUUGUUACACAAAGCAUAUUUAACCAUAAAGUGAUAUCUCAGAUCAAAUCAGAUAGUUUGAUAACCUAUAGAAAGGUUUGAACUUAGAAUUUUUGUCCUUCUUAGGUGGAUGUCUCUGGGCUGGACUUUACCGCCCAAAGGUCAAGAAUUGCCGUUAAAAACCCUCUUGUCAGACCACCCAAAGAUCCACGUUCCCUGAUACACCUGCCCUCUCUGGAUCCAACACCUGCUCCCCGUCAGCCGGCUAAAGUCCCUGCAGUUAUGCCUUUGGGAGGCAUGGGCAUUGGAAUCAAACUGCCUGGUAGGUCUUUAGCACAUUAGAAGAAGCUUUUCAGAACGUUUUUAAUCAUCUGCAAAUAACACUACACUGUUUUUCAUGUAGGGCUUGGAGCUGGUUUUCCUGUUCUAAAAAAGACACGAAGACCGAAGGAAGAUGACUCCAGCCCAGAAAAUAACCCGCAGGUGCUUUAAAUGAUCAUGCACUUCCAUCAUUUCUUUUUAAAGCACUUACAUGACUGAAGUUUCACAAUGUUAACAGGAGCCUGAGAGAAAACCAGAGGAGAAGAGUGACGCUCCCAAACAAGAUGAGAUACAACACAAGCCUAAAUGGAUGCCACCGAGACAUCCAGGGUAAAGUAUCCAAGUUUUGUUUCGCACAGAAGAUGCAUCUUGCACUCAGAAAUGUUCUAAUCUUUGGUUUCUUUUAUGUCUCAAAGAUUUGGAAACCCACUGAUGUCUGAGCUGAAGACCAAGCUAAAAAAACCAACUCAAGACUGA